GUUACAACAGACAACAGUGUAAAAACGUGUUACAAAUAAAUUAAUUACAAGAAACAGACUUUUAUUCAAGAAACUAAUGUUAAAACAUAACAUUUUUGGUCCUUCGAGCUUUCAAGAAUACCGUGAGUGCAAUAUCACAAUUUAUUAUUGUAUAUUAAUUUUUCUCGACAACGCCGACUACAAUAAAAAAUGGCGACACAAGAAGAUGGUGGCGAAAGAAAUAUCUUAGACAAUUUAAAAGUACAAAGAAGUUCCAUCAAAGGAAAACUUACUCGCAUAUUUAAUUAUAUACAAAAUUACGAUCUUACAAAUAAUAUAUAUGAGAUUAAAGCAAGACAAUCGGAAGUUGAUAGAAUCUUCCAGAAGUUUGACGAGGUGCAAUCCAACAUAGAACUUUUAGAUUAUGAAGAUACAACUCGGAACGAACAAGAACGUAGCAGUUUCGAAAAUAAAUACUUCAGUGUAAAGGCAAAAAUAGAGGAACUACUAUGCGGACCCAUUGUGCAACCAAGUACAUCAAACAUUUAUGAUCGUCUUAGCUCCAAUACGAAUUCAGACUACAGAAAACCCAGAGUAAAACUACCGCAGUUAGAGCUGCCGAAGUUCGACGGUGAUAUAAGACAAUGGCCUGCAUUCAAGAACAUUUUCAUGGCCUCCGUGGAUAAUGCUGACAUACCAGUCGUGAAUAAGCUACAAUAUCUGAAAACGGCAUUAACUGGCGAAGCAGCUGGUCUUAUAUCUUCACUACUAAUUACUGAAGAGAACUAUGUCAGGGCUUUAGAUAUUCUCAACCAAAGCUAUUGUGCAAAUACAAGACUCUUUGGGCAAGUGGGUGAACGCGCGAGCUCUUCUGGAUGCUGGGAGCCAGGUAAACAUUGUUACCCACAGACUAGCCUCUGCAUUGCGACUUAAUUUCCAGUAUGAUGCUUGUGUCAUACAAGGUGUUGGCAACAGUCAUUCUCAAUCACAAGUUAGUAUCAAUACAAAUAUUUCAUCUCGUUACAAUGAUUACAAAGCUAAUCUCACAUUUAUAGUGAUGGACAAUAUUGCAGUGCCAUUACCUCAUAACUAUAUACCCACACAUACAUGGCACAUUCCACCUAAGGUGACAAAUACUCUUGCUGAUCCUACAUUUUUCAUACCCAGCACGAUUGAUCUACUCAUUGGGGCAGAACUAUUCUAUUCAUUAUUAUUAACAGGCCGAAUAAAACUUGGUUCACAUUUACCUUUCUUAAUAGAGACUAUAUUUGGAUGGGUUGUUUCUGGUGCGUAUAUUCCAGAUACUCAACAACUUACAAACAACUGCAUAACACAUAUUAGUAUGCAUCUAUCUUAUAACUCUACAGACAAAUUACUUCAGGCUUUUUGGGAACAGGAGGAGUUGCCUCAAAAACAAUUACUCUCCCCUGAAGAUAAAUAUUGUGAAAACCUAUUCACAUCUACUACUAUGCAAGACAAUAAUGGCAAAUACAUAGUAGAUUUACCUAUACAAUCUGAAAAGCUUAAAAUGCUAGGUAAUUCUUUCAAAACUGCUUAUAGUUGCUUACUUAAACUUGAGUCAAGAUUUAACAAAGAUGCUAGCCUACAUAAACAAUACAAAGCAUUCAUUAAUGAGUUUUUAGAGCUUGGACAUGCACACUAUAUUGAAAACUUCUCGUCAUCAGAUGAACAUGCUUAUUACAUGCCUCAUUUUCCUAUCAUAAGACCUGAGAGUGUUUCUACAAAAUUACGCACAGUAUUUAAUGCCAGUGCUAAGACAUCUAGUGGUUUAUCUCUUAAUGAUAUUCUAUAUGAAGGUCCUAACAUUUACAAUGAUAUAUUUGAUAUAAUACUUUGCUUUCGACUUUAUAAAUAUGCUUUCAUUUGUGAUAUUGUUAAAAUGUAUAGAAAUAUCUGGGUUAAUCCUAAAUUUACAGCCCUACAGAGAAUUUUAUGGCGGAAUUCAAACACAGAACCAUUGAAAUGCUUAGAACUAAAAACUGUUACAUAUGGUACUAAGAGCGCUCCUUUCCUUGCUUGCCGCACAAUGCAACAUUUAGCUGAUAAAUACAUAAACACUCAUAAGCUAGCUGCUGAAUGUAUAAAGUCUAGUUCUUAUAUGGAUGAUUAUUUAUGUGGUGCUCAGUCCGUGGAGCAAUGUGUAGAAUUAUGUACUCAGCUCAUUGACUUAUUGAGUAAAGCUGGUUUCGAAUUGCAUAAAUGGUCAACUAAUCAUUCAGAGAUAUUAUCACAUGUCUUAAAGUUAGAUUGUACACAAACUGAGAACAAUCCUUACAACUUUUUAUCUCACACCCCAGUCAAAACUCUUGGUUUACAGUGGAUACCUACUAAAGAUGUACUUCAACUUUCCAUUCCUAAUUCAAGUGACAACUCUCAAUGUACCAAAAGGAAUGUUUUAUCUCAAAUUGCACAAAUAUAUGAUCCUAUUGGUUUACUAUCUCCUACAAUUAUAUUAGCAAAAAUAUUAAUGCAAGAUAUUUGGAAACAAAAUAUAGAUUGGGAUUCUUUAAUUCCUCAAGAAUUGUUAGAAACUUGGAAUAUGUUCAUUUCACAAUUACAUU